AUGUUACUAUUUUUCAUUCCUUUUAUUUUAUUUUUCUCUUUAUCAUCUGCUUAUAUCUGGGAAUUUGAUCCAAAUAAACUACAACGCCAAUUAACUCAAAACAAAACUGUCUUAUUAUUACAUUAUAUCCCUUAUGGUGAAACAUAUAAAAAUUAUAAAAGUACAUUUAGUCAACUCGAUGAAGCAAUACAAAAACAACAAAAUAAAAAUAUUAUUGUUGGUCAAAUAGACUGUGAAGAAUAUGAAGACUAUUGUGAAAAUCAUCAAAUAACUCAAUACCCUUCAUUCACUAUUCUUCAACCAAAUGACCAAACAAUUUUUAUUAAUUCUCUUGAAACAAAAAAAAUACAAGAAACAUUACACACAAUCGGUAUUGAAAUUGAAGAUAUUAAACAAUUCAUAUAGUCACUUUCACUUUUGAAAAUUCUACUGAAAUAGCAAAAGAACCAACUCUUGUCAAAUUCUUUGCUCCAUGGUGUGGUCAUUGUAAUAGAUUAAAACCAAUUUGGGAAAAUAUUUCACGAGAAUCUAAACUCAGAAUUGGUGAGGUAAAUUGUGACAAAGAAUCUCGAUUAUGUUCUAUUUAUUCAAUUUUCCACUAUCCAACAAUUAUCUAUAUCACAAAAGAUCAAAAUAACAAUGAAGUUAGAGAAGUUUAUGAAGGAGAAAGAACAUUUAAAGACUUAAAAACAUUUAUUGAACAGAAAAAUAAUUCAAAGAAACAAGAACUUUAA